GUACUGGACGCAUUUCUAUGUGGAUCCCUCGGACUCUUUCUACUACCGGUGGCUGUUCGUGAUCUCUAUGGCCGUUCUCUACAACAUCGUCUUCAUCAUCGCCAGAUCGGUCUUCUGGGAGCUUCAAGAUCUCUACUUCAUUUUGUGGUUGUCCUUGGACUACAUCAGUGACUUCAUCUAUGCCCUGGAUAUCUUCAUACAGUUCAGAACAGGCUACCUGGAGCAAGGGCUCAUGGUCGUGGACCCUAUCAAGCUCCGGAAGAAUUACAUGAAAACCAAAACAUUCUACAUCGACUCGGCCAGUAUGCUGCCUACAGACCUCUUCUACUUGCUCAGACGAGGCUUGGACAUCCCUUACGUCAGGUUUAACCGUCUGUUUCGUGUUAAGCGGCUUCUGGAGUUUUUCGACCGUACUGAGACCAGAACCAGCUUCACCAACAUGUGGCGAAUUCUACACCUGGUCCUCUAUAUUCUCAUCAUUAUUCAUUGGAAUGCCUGUAUAUAUUUCGCUAUCAGCGCUGCUCUAGGCUUUGGUUCAGAUGGAUGGGUGUAUCCCAACCUCACCGGACCUCACGAUGACCUGUCUAGAAAGUAUAUCUACAGUUUUUAUUGGUCAACGCUGACACUGACCACAAUCGGAGAGACGCCUCGACCGGAACGAGAUGAGGAGUUUCUUUUCGUCGUGGUAGACUUUCUGAUCGGUGUUCUUAUUUUUGCCACGAUCGUGGGUAAUGUUGGCAGUAUGAUAACAAACAUGAACGCCGCUCGCUCGGAGUUUAACCAGCGCAUGGAUGGCGUCAAGCAAUAUAUGGAGUUCCGAAAAGUCAGCAAAGAACUAGAGGAGAGAGUCAUCAAAUGGUUCGAUUAUUUAUGGACCAACAAGCAAUCUUUGAAUGAAGAAGAAGUACUAUCAGCUCUUCCAGAUAAACUCAAAGCCGAAAUGGCUAUCCAUGUCCACUUAGACACUCUAAAAAGGGUGAGCAUAUUCCAGGACUGCGAGCCGGGCUUACUGGUUGAGCUGGUCCUCAAGCUGCGACUGCAGGUCUUCAGCCCAGGCGACUACAUCUGCAGGAAGGGCGACAUCGGCAGGGAAAUGUAUAUUGUAAAAAGGGGAAAGCUCAGCGUGGUCGGUGACGACGGUUCCACGAUUUAUGCCACUCUUAGUGAAGGCAGCGUCUUUGGUGAGGUGAGCAUCCUAAACAUUGCAGGCAACAAAACAGGCAAUCGACGGACGGCGAACGUCCGCAGUCUCGGCUACUCCGAUCUGUUCUGUCUUUCUAAAGAAUCGCUCUGGGACGCUUUGACCGAGUAUCCGGAAGCCAAGAGAAAGCUGAUGGAAGCAGGUCGGCAGAUCCUGAUGAAAGAUAACUUGCUGGACGAAGAGGCCAUGAGACGGGCCGAGGAAAAACAAGAGACGAUGGAUCAGAGAGUAGACAGAAUUGAUACGAGUUUGGAUAAUCUUCAAACCCGCUUUGCUCGUCUGCUGGCCGAAUUCAAUGCCACGCAGCAAAAACUCAAACAAAGGAUGACCAAAGUCGAGAAGGUGUUGGCUCGGGAAGAAGACAUUGUCUCCACGUACUCAAACGCAAAUACAGAAGUGGCACCAGUGGUAACGGAGACAUCUAAGAGUUAG